AUUUUUCUGGCCUUGACUGAAGGCCCUCUUCUAAUGGAGGAGAAUGCAAACAAUUUUCUGGGGACUUUCACUUCCUGAAUUAUGUCCAAAAUUCCUAGAAAUCCCUUUACUCUUUCCUGUCAAUAAUCACCAUUUUCCAUCAAUUCCAGGGCACCUUUAAGUCCUUAACUGAAGAAGUUUGAUUUUUUUUUCUGCAGGAUCAUUACUAUACUUUUCUACUUUAAAAAAGAUUACUCGCUGACAAAUUUUUUUCUUCUUCUUCUUCUUUAGUUUGAUUUCCUUUUCCAGUAUUUGCAAGAUAAUUGCCUAUCAUAAACAAAUCUAUAUCCUCAGAGAACAUUCACAAUUUGAGCUUUUACAAGAAAAACCAAGACAAAUAUGACCAUGUCUCGGACACUAUAUACUGCACCAUUGUCUGUGCUGAGACAGAGUUCUGUCAAGCAACAGGCUAAAACAGGCAUGGAAUCGUUCAACAAUGACGGAGAAGUGGCAGAAAUGGAGUUAAAAAAUUCGGAUGGAGGAAUAGGAGACAUAAUGUUGAUGUUGGAACUCAGGAAGAAGAUCUUAAAUUUUAGAAACAUCAUUUCUUUUCCACAUUGUGAUGAUUCUGUUCCAAUUGCUGAGCUGAUCAAGCGAACAUUGGAGGAUCUCAACCAGUUGAAUCCAGGAAUUGUGCCCAACAUCAAAGAAAUGAAUGACAUUUCACUACAGCAGGACUUGUCCUUUCUUAAUGAAGCUCUAAAAUCAUUUGGGGUCUACUGGUCUAAGAGUCAGUUGUCUUCUGCUAACUCUGGCCGCAGUGCGAAUCUUAGUCCUGAUGUUAUGAACUCAAACCAACUUGGUGGACAUGUGAUUCAAAAGCUUGAUAAUAUGAUUAAGGCUGGAAGGCAAAAUUUCGACAUCAUCCGCGAAAAAACCCGUAAAAGCAAUGUGAAGGGCUCAAGAUCAGAAAUGUCCCUGGAUGAUAUUAAGAACACCUGUCCAUCACCAGUGUCUCCGAGAUCUCUCCCUGCUGACAUUACCACGUUGACGCGAGUUGGUUCGUUUGCUGAUGUUUCGAAAAUUUUGCCUCCUUUAAUUCAGGCUGCUGAAAAAUGCAUCUCCGUAAACAUAUUUCGGACUGUCCCUGAUGAGUUUAGGAAUGAGAAGAUGGAUAGAAGACAUGGAAGAAACCUUAAGAGAGCCAAGAGCAGCGCUGCACAACUUCAAACAGUGACUGCUACAAAUGACAUGUCAGGAAGUCAGAAUUCAGAUUUGAAAAAGAAGCCUAAAAUUUUCCAACUGCAGCCAAUUGCUCCUCCAACUGUAACUUCAAAGUCAGCAAAAGCUGAGCCAACAUCCCAAACCAAAGUUCCUCCAUCUCCAUUACCUGUCAGCCCUCCAAAAUCAUCCCCAUUAGUCCAACCACCAAAGACAAAUCAAGCUGCUCCACCCGGUCCACCUCCACCGCCUCCUCCAGGAGGCAAGGGUUCGAAAAUGUUGCGCCUGAGAAGAUCAGAUUCCAAACUUAAAAUGUCAAGCCACAUGGGUAAUUUAUAUCGAAGUCUUAAGAGAAAACUGGAAGGAUCAAAUUCUAGUGGUUCGACAUCUAAUAAAACAAGGGCUCGUGUUGGUGGCUCUUCCAAUGCAAAACAAGGAUGGGCUGAUGCGCUUGCGGAGAUAACAAGAAGGUCAGCAUAUUUUCAGCAGAUUGAAAAAGAUGUUCAGAAGCAUUCUCAAAUGGUCAUCCAGCUCAAAGACGCGAUCAGUUACUUCAAGACAAAAGACAUGGAUGAACUAGUUAAAUUUCGCGGUGACGUGGAAAAACAACUAGAGCAACUGACAGAUGAGACUCAGGUUUUGGCCAGGUUUGAAGGUUUCCCUACAAAGAAGCUGGAGUACUUGAGGGCAGCAGCAUCAUUUCACUCAAAAUUGGAAGGAAUGGCUCUUGAAUUGAAGAACUGGAAAAUUGAACCUCCAUUAGACCAGCUCCUUGAUAAGGUUGAGAAAUACUUCAACAAGGUAAAAUCUCUGGAUUUUAGGCCAUUUUUGGUUACAAUGCAACCAUUUUUUUUUUCAAUCAAGGAACAAAAAGUUAAUGAUAUAAUGAAGCAGAUUAAAGGAGAAAUCGAAGCAUUGGAGCGGACCAAAGAUGAAGAUUUGAAGCAUUUCAAAGAUCAUGACAUUGAUUUUGAUUUCAAGGUAAUGGUCAGAAUCAAGGAACUUAUGGUGGAUGUUUCCUCAGGCAGCAUGGAGUUGGCCCUUCAGGAGAGAAGAAAAGCAGAUGAAACAAGAAGAUUAGCACACAUACGAUUGCUAUGGAAAGCAUUUCAGCUUGCAUUUCGAGUGUAUACGUUUGCUGGUGGACAGGACGAUCGAGCUGACAGGUUGACCAAGGAACUUGGUCAAGUAUUAGAUGCCAUUCCUCAAAAUUAAUAAUACAGUGAAAAAUAAUCUCAUCUCAAAACAGAAGCCAAACUUUAAAGUCGGCUUAUUUUUGUCACGUAACAUCCACCGUAGCCUGUAGUUUUUUCAAAAACUCCAAAAAUGCUAGAUCAGAUUCAUAAAAUCAUUAUGUUUGUGUAUCUUGUUCAACUAAAUUAAUGGAGCAGAAAGUUCGAAAAUUGCA